UAUUAUUUAUUAUUUAUUAUUUAUCACUUAUCAUUUAUUUUGCACAGUUUCUUUUUCUAUUUUCCCUUCUUCUUCCUCCUUUCAAACAUACAUUCCAAUCCCCGUUACCAUUGGGCACGAACAUCUCAAAUUCAAUCCAGGCAGCUCAUGGGCAGUGUCCAGGGAGGUAAGUAUGUGAAUAUUUACGCGGUUCCGAAAAGAUCCAGGGUUGGGAAUAUGAUGAAAACGGCUACGUACUACUCCGUACUAGUUCCGUAGCACUAGGGUAUCGCCAUAGAUGAUAUCAAAGUACAUGUAGGGAAAAAGAAAAGAAGAACAUUAAGCAAAAAAACCUCCGAUUCGCAUCCAAAAUCAUUCGAAGAGUAGGAGGAAUAUUGCCCGCAAGUUCAGGAAAGUUUUUGAUAUGCCUUGGGCAAUUUUCGUUCCUCGGUUGAGUUCUUCUUAUCCUAUUUCCCCAUUAAUUAUUCUUGUUAUUUAUUUUGUUUUAGAUUUUCCCUUGCCUCUUUGCCAUUUCUCCCAAAUUUGCCUCCGGAACCACUCAAGCUCAGCUGCUUUCUGGGACUCUGGGUCAAACUAGUCUACUCUGGGUAGUUCUCGACUUCAGAUUCGCAUGCACACCGUCACUCUUCCUCGACCGUCCGAGUACUAUUUGCAUCUUUCCAACGAUCAUUUCCUCUCGUGUAUCUUUUCUCUUCUCUCUCUUCUCUUCUCUCUCUCUCUCUCUCUCUCUCUCUCUCU